AUGCCUCCCGCAAAGAAGAGAAAGACCGCUGCCGCCGCCAGGGCGGCUGCCAAAGCAAAGCCAGACCCUGUCCCGGAAGACCUUCCAGCCGUCGAGACCGAAGCACAAGUCUCAGGCGACGAUGCCGGAGAGCAACCCGCCGAGCAAGCUGCGGAAGCGUCCGAACCAGCACCAGCCCCAGAAACCGACGACGCUGCCGCAGCAGCGACAACACCGACCCAAAGACCCGACGACAACGACGACGACACCCCCAAGCCAGACCCCGCGGCAGCGGCGCAGGACCGCAUGGCGCGAUUCCGCGCCCUGCAGGCCAGGGCCAAGACCUCGUCGGACCAGAACCUCAAGGCCGCGACCGCCGAGUCGCAGCGCCUGGCCGUCGACCCCUCGCAGCUGACGGCGGUGCAGCGCCAGAACGCCAUCGCCUCGCACAAGCUGCUCAAGGCCGACGUCGAGGACGCGGGCGGCGACUUUGAGCGCAAGCGCGCCUGGGACUGGACCGUCGACGAGAGCGAGCGGUGGGACGGGCGCGUGCGCAAGCGCGAGGCCCACCGCGACGACAACGCCUUCCAGGACUACCGCCGCGAGGCGCAAAAGGCCUACAAGCGCCGCGUCAAGGGCGCCGUGGCGCCGGACCUCGAGCAGUACACCAAGGACAAGCUGGCGGCCAUCGAGAAGGCGGCCGCCAGCGGCAGCCUCGAGAUCGUCGAGACGGAGGACGGGGAGAUGAUCGCCGUCGACCGGGACGGCUCCUUCUACGCGACGGCCGACUCGACCUCCUUUGUGGAGAACAAGCCGAGCAAGGAGGCCAUCGAUAGGCUGGUCAACGACCAGAAGAAGGCCGAGGAGGCGGCGCUCAAGAAGAGGCGCGAGAGGGCAGCCAAGAACGGCGACGAUGCGGAUGUGACAUACAUCAACGAGAAGAACAAGCAGUUCAACCAGAAGCUGUCGAGGUUCUACAACAAGUACACGGCGGAAAUUAGAGACAGCUUCGAGCGGGGCACGAUGAUAUAG